AUGUCGUACAUUUUCAUCGGUACUGUGACAAAUAUAACAACAACGUGGAGGGACGGUGGUACAGGUGCAAGUCGUGACAUACAGUUUCAUGUGGAUGAAUUUAUUAAGCAGCCAUUCAACUCUAAUAACCAUUCAAUUAUAAUCUACACGCCUAGAGAUCGUUCAGCAUGUGGUAUUAAGAUGAAAUUAAACGAACGCUGGCAAAUUUGGGCAGAGUACUCGAACUUCUUUUCUGAAGAUGACGUUCCUCGUUGGCUUACAGUAAUCAGUUGCGGUCGUACCACCAAAAAUCUCAAACAGAAUGAUCGCCUAUUACGUAAAUGGUCUACUACGCCACCAAUAAGAAAAGACAAUAAAACCAAGAAUCACUAA